AUGGAACAAAGGAACAAUGUGACUGAGUUUGUCCUCUUGGGGCUCACGCAGAGCCUUCAGGGUCAGAAAAUAUUAUUUGUUGCAUUUUUGCUGAUCUACAUUGUGACAGUUGUGGGCAACCUACUUAUUGUCAUGACUGUGGUGAUCAGCCCAACACUGGAUGCCCCUGUGUACUUCUUUCUUGGCUGCUUAUCAUUUAUGGAUGCUGCUUAUUCUACUACAGUUACCCCAAAUAUGAUUAUAGACUUACUGUAUGAGAAGAAAACCAUUUCCUUCCAAGCCUGUCUGACCCAGCUUUUUGUAGAACACUUAUUUGGUGGUGCUGAGAUUUUACUUCUGGUGGUCAUGGCUUAUGACCGCUAUGCGGCUAUCUGCAAACCCCUGCAUUAUAUGACCAUCAUGAACCAACAGGUGCGUGUUCUGCUGCUGCUGGUGACCUGGGUUGGAGGUUUUGUGCAUGCUGUAGCUCACCUUCUCUUUGUUUACAACCUUCCCUUCUGUGGUCCCAAUGUCAUUGACCACUUUGGCUGUGACAUGUACCCCUUAUUAAAACUUGCCUGCACUGACACCUAUGUCAUUGGUCUCACCGUGAUUGCCAAUGAUGGAGCAAUAUGUGUGGUCAUCUUUAUUCUGUUACUCAUCUCCUACGGAGUUAUUAUGCACUCCUUGAAGAACCUUAGUCAGGAAGGGAGGCACAAAGCCUUAUCCACCUGUGGUUCCCACAUCACUGUGGUGGUCCUUUUCUUUGUCCCCUGUAUUUUUCUGUAUGUGAGACCUCCUUUCACCUUAUCCACUGAUAAAUUUUUGGCUGUGUUUUACACUAUUUUCACUCCUAUGUUGAACCCCUUAAUAUAUACCCUGAGAAGUGCAGAGAUGAAAAAUGCCAUGAAGAGGCUUUGGACCAGAAAAAGAAAAUGGGGCAACAUGCAAAUGAAUCAUCUACUUUCAAUAAAGAAUUGCCCCUUCUUGGAAAACAAAACAAAACAAAAACAACAACACAACAAAAAUCCAAAUCCAUUGUCAUUGAAUUGAUUCCAGAAACUUGUGUGUAAUUUUUUAAUUUGGGUAUUUCCUCACAUUAAAUAACUUGCGCAUGAUGAAAAACAUUUA